UUAUCGCCUAUAAUGCAACUCUUUACACAGCAAGCAAUUAGUAGAAAACUCCUUUAGAAUUCUGCCUUUUGCUGAGUUAUUAAUUAAUGUUAAGCUAAAAAGUUUAGAAACAGAAAUUAAGCUGGCAGCGUCCGCCGCGCCGCACACACAGCAAAAUGGAGUACAGCCACAGCCACGAAACUUGAAAAUCAAUAAUAGAGAAAACUGAAAUUAAUAGUUAUUUGCGUUUCGUUUCUACAUUUGAUUGUUGUUGCAGUUUAGAAAUUAUGUCAAAACGUAGUGCUGACGAUGCCAGUGGCACCGGCAGCGGCGGCAGCAGCUGUUUAGUGGCUGCAGCAGCCGCUGGCCAGCCGCCCAUCAAAAAGGUGCACUUCGAGCCCCAUUUAAUUGGGCCGGUGUCAACAUUAGAAGAGAUGGACAUCAAGGUAUUGGAGUUUCAGAAUAAGAAACUUGCCCAGAGGAUCGAACAGCGAAUGCGCUGUGAGGCGGAACUCCGGCAUCGAAUCGAACAACUGGAGAAGCGGCAAACGCAGGAUGAUGCAGUCCUUAACGUGGUAAAUAGGUAUUGGAAUCAGCUGAAUGAGGAUAUAAGGGUGCUGCUACAGCGAUUCGAUGCGGAAACGGCUGAUGAGCUAGAGAAUAAGAAUGAGAACGAGGUGACGACCUCGUUUCUAACGCAACUCUCCACAUGGGACAAGGAGGAGCUAGACGAGAAACUAGCGAAUCGGGUCCAGGUAUCGAAGCGAGCGGUGGCGAAGAUCGUACAGGUUAUUGAUAGGUUAAUGCAACGUAACGAGAAGAUAACGCAUGUAUUGAAAGGUGAUGGUCUGGCCAAUGCAGGAGCACAAGGAGGAACAGCGGGCGGAGAUGAGGAGCAACAGUCCACUGCCGGAGCUGAGUCGGAUGCGUCAACAACGAGUGCAGCAGUGCAUGCGCUGGAGGAAACGUUAAAGAAGACGCACAUUGAGAUCAUGACAGAGAAUCACAACCUGCAAAAUCUGAACACAUCGCUGCACGAGAAGUUUCACACGAUGUCACUGAAGAUGAAGGAAUACCAGGAUGCACUCACCGCCAAGGAAACAGAAAAUGCUGAACUGAAGAACCAAAUUGAUGAACUGCAAUAUGAUCUGGAGAAGAUCCACUGUCGCAACGAUAAGUUGGAGAAUCAUCUGGCCGAGGCCAUUGAAAAGCUGAAGGCCUAUCAUCAAAUUUACGGUGAUCCCAACAAAAGCAACAACAGCACCAAAACGCCCAGCAGCGGUGGCGGUAGUGGCGGUGGCGGCAGUGCAACAACCAAUGUGAAUAGCCAACAUCUGGAGGAGCUGCAAAAGGAACUGGAAGAGCAUAGAGAACUGGCGAAUAAUCGGUUACAAGAAUUGGAUAAGCUGCAUGCCACGCAUCGCGAAACACUCAAGGAAGUCGAGAAACUCAAAAUGGAUAUCCGACAGCUGCCCGAAUCGGUAAUCGUGGAGACGACGGAGUAUAAGUGCUUGCAAUCACAGUUCUCUGUGCUGUAUAACGAGUCCAUGCAGAUCAAGACGAUGCUGGAUGAGACGCGCAAUCAGUUGCAGACGAGCAAGAAUCAGCAUUUGCGUCAGAUCGAGGUGAUGGAGAGCGAGGAGCUGAUUGCCCAGAAGAAGGUUCGCAGCGAGAUGAUACAAAUGGAGGACGUGCUGGCGCUUAUACGCAAGGAGUAUGAAGCGCUGCGGAUUGAGUUCGAGCAGAACAUGGCCGCCAACGAGCAGACGGCGCCUAUCAAUCGAGAGAUGAGGCAUUUGAUCACCUCGUUGCAGAACCACAACGGACAGCUGAAGGGGGAGGUGCAAAGGUACAAGCGUAAGUAUAAGGACAUUUCCGCCGAAAUCGUAAAACUGCGCAAGGAACUGGAUGACGCGCAAGCCAAGCUCGAGGGCAACAAACAGCAGCAACAAUCGGUAGCUGCGGCAUCGGGCGAGGAAAUUAAGCAGGAAUCAGCAGCGAAUAUUAAGGAGGAGAAUGCUAACAAUAGUUCAACCGGUGGAUCAACGUGCUCCACCACAGCAGGCAAUGCCAGUGGCGAAGUCAACAUGGUCAUCAAAGAAGAAAACUCGGCCUCGGCCGAGGAUGACCUAGAUGAUGAAGCAGGCGGAAAAGAUGUCAAGGAUGCAAAUAUUAAACAGGAGAAACUAUCCGGCAGCGAAAGUGCAACUACAGAGAAGAAAGAUUCACCCGGGCCAGCGAAUGCUGCAGCAGCGGCAGCUGGCACGGCGAACGCUGUAAAAUCCGAAAAGGAUUCCAAGGAAGGCAUCAAGGCAAAGGAGCUCAAGGCCGUGGAAAGUGAAACCGUUCGGGAUCUGAAAGCGCAACUCAAAAAAGCGUUGAACGAUCAGAAGGAAAUGAAGCUGUUGCUGGACAUGUACAAAGGGGUCUCCAAGGAUCAGCGUGACAAGGUGCAGUUGAUGGCCACCGAGAAGAAGCUGCGCUCCGAGAUUGAAGAGCUGCGACAGCAACUGAAAAAGCUGCAGGAGAGCAAGCGGGAGGAGCGGAAGAAACUAGCCGAUGAGGAGGCGUUGCGCAAGAUUAAGCAGCUGGAGGAACAGAAAUACGAACUGCAAAAGCAGGUGGCCAAUCAUAAACCCACGGAGAAUGCAUGGGGUGGUGCACCUGGUGGUGGACCUGGGGGUGCAAACUACACACGCCCAUUUGUUGGCUCCCACGAAGAAGAGGCGCUGCUCAACGAGAUGGAAGUGACGGGCCAGGCAUUCGAGGAUAUGCAGGAACAAAACUCAAGGCUCAUCCAGCAGUUGAGGGAAAAGGACGAUGCGAAUUUUAAGCUAAUGUCCGAGCGGAUCAAGGCUAACCAGCUUCACAAGCUGCUACGCGAGGAGAAGACGGUGCUGGAGGAUCAAAUGACUACAGCGACGACACAGAUCGAGGCCAUGCACAUUGUGCUGCGCAAGCUGGAGGAGAAAGAGCGCAGCCUGCAGGCAACCGUGGCGUCAAUCGAGAAGGAGCUUAUGCUGCGACAACAGGCCAUGGAGAUGCACAAGCGAAAGGCUAUCGAAUCGGCGCAGUCGGCUGCAGAUCUGAAGCUGCAUUUAGAAAAGUAUCAUGCCCAAAUGAAGGAGGCCCAACAGGUGGUUGCUGAGAAGACUAGCUCGCUGGAGGCGGAGGCCUACAAGACGAAGCGGCUACAGGAGGAGCUGGCGCAGUUCAAACGAAAGGCGGAACGCAUGAAGAAGAUGGAAAUGUCAGGCACAACCAUCGACGAGGUGAUGAUCGAAGAGAUUCGCGAAUACAAGGAAACACUCACGUGUCCCUCGUGCAAGGUGAAACGCAAGGAUGCCGUGCUCUCCAAAUGCUUCCAUGUCUUCUGCUAUGACUGUCUGCGGACGCGGUACGAGACGAGGCAAAGGAAGUGUCCCAAAUGCAACUGCGCCUUCGGCGCCAACGAUUAUCAUAGGCUAUAUCUGCAGUAGAAGUCGAGUAUGAGAACGCGAUCCACAGAACACCGAGCGUCUACAUACCAGCCAGCUAAUCCAUUACGAGCAUAUUAUCUAUGUACUAUUAAUAUAUAUAUAUAUGUAGAAUUGUUUUUAAGUGUCCCCCAUCUGGGCGACUUUCCCAUUUAUUUCCCGUGCAAACCUUGCGGCAAUUAUUUAAAAACUUUUGAUUAUUCUAGCCCCAAGCAUCUCAUAAUUGAUGAGUUCCGAGUGAUAUUCUCCCGGGUUUUUAUUCUAGAUUGAACAAAAUCGUACGAAAUUUAAUAAAUUGCUAUCAAUU